AUGAUGGUUUCAAUAGAAUCUGAACGACCAGGAAGCAUUAAUUUGAAUGAUAGAAGAGUAUCAAUAAUCGUCGAAGAACAAAUUUCAGAUUUACCACCAGCAUAUGAUGAAAUGACACGUCAAAGUUCAAUAACCAUUGAAACACAGCAACAGUUUUUACUACCUCCAACUUACGAAGAUUUUAUACGACGACAAAAUAGAAACGAUGAAACUAAUUUAUAA